AGAGACUGGAAAGUCGGUGCACAGAGCCCUUUCUUUUUCUUUUCCCCCUCAUCUACUUAAAGCAUUUUUUCUCCCGAAUUUCCCGCAAACAGAGAAGCUCAUUUCAAUUUGCCAUUCAAAGAAAACAGGAAGAGCGAGAGAAACAUGAGGCCUUCAAUCAAUCGUCCCCCAACUCCAGAAGCAGAGGAAGAUCAAGAAAAAGAGCCUACCCUUCAAGAAAUCAUUAACAUCAAGUUGAUUGAGAGUGGAGAAAAAGAACGACUGAAAGAGCUUUUGAGGGAAAGACUUACAGAAUGUGGCUGGAGGGACGAAAUGAAAGCCUUGUGCAGGGCAUUUACCAGGAAAAAGGGAAGGAACAAUGUUACUGUAGAUGACCUUGUGCAUGUGAUAACUCCAAAAGGCCGAGCCUCAGUUCCUGAUUCUGUAAAGGCAGAAUUGUUACAACGCAUACGGACUUUUCUCGUGUCAGCCGCUCUUUGAUUCAACAGGCAUAUUCUCUGCAACUGCAAAAACUCCACUCGAGCUUCAUAAUUUUCUUCUAAGAUGUGCUUCUAUGCUCUACGGCUGGGAAGGUGUUUGAAGUCUUGCAAUGUCAGUCCUGUUUAAAGUCUUGACGGAACCUGGCUGUCGUUUAGAAUUACCCUUCUGCUUGGGUGAACUGUCUGUUGUAUGCUUCAGGUAAUGACAGUAUAGCAUACAUGAGAAAGGAAACAAAUGCCUUGCUGCAGAAGCUUCAAAGAACUGAUGUUGUAUUUACUUUAGGGCUUAAAUGAUUGGGGUUUAGUUGUAUUGCUCUGAUCUUUGUGUCUUACUUCAUGGUUAUAAUCUUGGAUGUGUGGUCCAAUUUGGCUUUUGGCCCAUCCAUGGUCCAUACAGUCCGAUCUUUGGGUCACCUGUAUCUUGGUCACGUUAAACUAAUGAAUCUUUAUCAGUCUUGGUCAGUAGGUCA